AUGUUCGAUACUUUGCCGGUAUUCAUGUCUAAGCUCAUAAAAAAGAUUGAGAUAAUAGAAAAAAAAAACUUGAAAAGAAUCAUCAAAUAAUUACUCGUCUACUAACUCAUAUUUUUUGUCCGAUUUAAAAAAUUAUUACUUUUUAUGUUCUUUGAUUGCUUUCAGCCAUUCUGAGCUGAGAUCAGCCGCCGUAAAAAGGGUCGGAAAACGUGGGAAUCCGUGUUUGCGGAUGUAUCCACGUUAAUGGAGAUUUGCACAGAAGGUGCCGCAUUUUGUCGCGUCGCUCCGUUUUUGCAGAACUUUUGGUGGCGGCAUCUGGAACGAUCGGUAGGGCUCGAUCACGCCGAGAAGUGGGUUCCUUCAUUAUUUGCUUUCAUUUCUUCCCGAUGUUCAUUUCUCACGUUUUGAGUCGCUCCUUCUUUGCUCAGGAUCAGUUUCUUAGUGCGUGAAGAGAAUCGAAAAAAUGAGUUGUCAAAGUCUUGAUCUUCUGGAAGAAGUUUGCCCAAUAGUCUGAAGGAAAAAAAUGAAGAUUCGCAAAGUCUCUAACUUUUUUUGAAUAUGCCAAGUUGCGAGGUAUUUGCUGCGAGUCUACACUCUGUGCUAAACGAGAAUUUUGAAAACUCAUAUUCAAAAAAAGUUUUUGUAGAUAGUGACUAAAAUAUCAGUUAAUUUAAUCCAGAGUAAGAAGAAGUUUUUAAACGGAGACUACAGAAAAAUAGAAAAGACAUGAACGAAUUUGACUGUUUCUCGGAAGCUUCAAAUCUAUACUGUAUCUCCGAACUCAGACCUAAAUCUAGCUUCGAAUAUGGCCCAGCCAUAACUGUUUUGAAAAACGAAAAUGAAAUGACAGCUCAUGUCAUAAAACGAAUGUGAGGGAUAAAAGUCCAAGUGCGAUUAGAAACACGUCCUGAGAAAACAAUCGGGCUGAGAACAAAAAGAUACGAUUCGUUCCGAACAACUUCCUGAAGCUGUUCAAAGGCACAGGGCGGAGACGAGAAGUUAUAGUUAUGGGACGGCUUCUUGUGGAAUGGAUUGCAGCAAGAAACUGACAGUGUCCAUUAUUUAUUUAUAAGAAAUCGCUUGGCGCCUUUUAAACACCCAAAAGCUGAUGGGAAUGCACUUAAUUCCUAGAGAAGAUCGCACCAUCUCUGUUGAUAAACUGUUCGUCGUAUGGUAUCUGCAUGAGGCGCAUUGGAGCGAAAAAAUUGUCAAUCAACUGUGUAAUUGCGCUACCGGACCUCUUUGACGUUUGAGUAUCUCUUAAAAACGUACAAUCAAUAACAAACAUGGUUUGCGAGAGUUUAGUGUGUGGAACUAGAUGUGAAUAGAAUAAAGGAAAUGAUAGCUAUGUUCAAAUUAUUUCUUCCUCUUGUUCAUUUUUGGUUCGCUUUUUAAGACGAUUUUUUAUUGUUUUCGUGGCAAUUUAAUAGCCCUGGAUUUCUAAUGGCAACCAGGGUUUGUAUAUGCAAAGGCCGAGCGAAGUCUGGUGCCGAUGACGAUUUUCAAACAGAAAAAAGACGCGCCGUUUCUGAGUCUAAACAAUUCGGUUCAAUCCUCCGCUUGGUUUGGCCAGACGCCUUUUUGUCUACUCAAUCCAUUUAAAAUAGGACAUCUUUCUUUCUGAGUUCAUUCAAAAUUUUCAAUUUCUGGUUUUGGAUUUUAUGAAAUCUCAGUUCUGCUUUUUUCAUGAUUUUCCAGUUCUAGGAAAAUUCAGUUUUAGGGAAAACUUACUGGAGGAGCUUUUUGUGGAUGUUACAUUUCUAUUACACCGUAAACUUUCACGAUUAAAACGGAAAAGCCCAGAAUAUUGAAUAUUGUUUUGCUUCGUUCUUCUUUCCUUCACGCUGGGAUAGUUUUCUCAUUUAUUUGUUGUUCAGAACUCGUGUUUUCGCGCAAGUUUUAAUUUUGAUGACGAAAACGCGUUAGCUCAUAACAAUCUGAUAAAUCCUAUUUUGCCAUGGGAUAGUGUAGAGAAAAGAAUUGAAAGCCACUGUCGUUUCUUUUCUUUGUUUCUUUUCCUAUAGAUACAUUUUUUCUCGAUAGAGUUGGUUCGAAGUUGGUGGAAAGCCUUUUCUCAAGCAUCAUUCGCUAACUGUCAAAAUCUGCCGUUAAAGGGCACUUGACUCAACAGUUCUCGUUCUUGCAAUAUUCCUCUUUCUUUCUGUUGGAAUGGAGAUUGGUCGCCUCGGUCGGUUCCCUCCGAGCGGAUUAUCGUGUCCAAUCGAGCUGUUGCCGUUCCGACCGCGGGUUUUUGAUCCCAAAUUGUAUUUGAUACUCGAUUAUUUCCAUAUAACGCAAAUUCUGGUCAUUGUUUCGUAACGCCUCUCUUCCAUUUUCGUGUGGAAAUGGUGAAUAAUCUAAACAUUGACACCGAACAAAACAUUUUAAUGUUUUCCUUCAUUUUCUCCUUUUUCUCAUUUCCUCAAAUUGCAGAUUUUGAAAAAACUUCUUUGAAAACUGUGAGACGUCAAUCCGUGCUUUUAGCUCAUUUCCUCCUUUUGCAAUUUGAAGUGAGAUUGAAAAUAAUCAUCAAUAAGGAGUUUUGGAAAUUAGUAAAAGAAGUAAUUCUUCCGUAGGUUUUAUUUUUAUUUUAUUUUUUCUCUGUAUUGGAUGAAAAAAACACCAGGAUGGCCCUUUAAAUUAUAUUGUAAUUCAAAAAAAUUCGAGAAAAAUUUUUUUCUAAUAUAUCUUUAUUUAAUUUGGGUAAGUUUGACAGAAUUUUUUUGCUCUCAUUUCUUGGUGGGAUAAUUGAAAUCUGAAGGAUUGCCUGGGAAUUGAUGCUUGAUUGAUGGAUAGAUCGGAUGUGUGAUUUCGAUUCAGAAACCCAAGCGACAGGCCCUCAAUGCCAAUCUUCGUGACCGAUUGUUCUCCCAUCGAAUAAUGGAACCGUUUUUGCAUUAGUCCGAUAUAUAAGUGCAAAAACAGUUUUUCUUUAUUUCCGAUAAAAACAGUUCUAUCCGUUCCAACACAUUUUUAGUUUUUCUUUUUUUGGGAAAGGGGUGAGCAUAUAUUUUUUCACUUUGUUAAGUGAAGCUUGAAAAAAAAAUCAAAACUUCAUAGAUCUGUAGAAAUUAAAAUUUUAAAAAUUAAAUGCAUACUUCGCCACUUUAUCAUUCCUUACCAAAAAUAAAUCUGUUAAGAAUUUCGAUAAAAAAUAAUUGCGAGUGUUCUUUAAGGUUUAAUCAAUUCAAUUUUUUAAGAGCGGUCAAUUGGAAAGAAAAAAAGAAGGAUAGUCUCUGCGAAAAAAAAAGCAGUUCCAUAAAAUGGGCACACGGUUUUCGCAAUUCAACACAAAAUCCAUUCAGGUUUUUUUUCCUCUCCUAACUUAUUACCGAUACUGAUCUCUCUGCGUUUUAUCAAUAUUUUAUCGUUAGAAUAUACUGCGCAGUUUAGAAUUUGGAUUUUUUUUUACGAACGAAAAAUCAAAUAAAACGAAUUGAAGUGAAACAGAAAAUUCGAAGCAAACGGGUUCUGCGUUGAUUUACGGCGAGAUCGUGUAGUAAAAAAAAGUUACUUUUGACUUUUUUUUUGUGCAGCUCAGACUUCAUACGAUAUUUGAUGUCGCAUUGUAUCAUAUAUUUACAGUAACUUCCAUGAAAUAAAAAAGUUCAAAGUAAUCACGGCGAAACGAAAAUCAUAACUUGCUGGAACUCUUUAUGCUGACGUAAAGACUAGAGCCUCGUUUUAUCAGUUCGUCUUUUAUCAAACGCGACAAAAUAAUGAAAUCCUUUCGAGGGGUUGCUUUUUAAAUUACUGAAGUUUUGUGCAAAAAUCAGUGAUAUACAACGGAAAGCGAGACUGAUCAAAAAAGUGAGGUUGUUUACAAAAACGCGCCUUUUUUUGUUGCAAACGUUCAACAGAGUUUACAUAGUUUGCUGGAACGAGCUUCAAGUUUUUUUUUUCAUCAAUCAAGUUUAUUGUAUGAUAAGCUCCUUGAAAAUGAUUUUCAAAAAAUUAACUGAUACGAAAAAAGGCGUGCAAGAUUUUCGCGUGGGUCUUUUUUCAUUUCAUUUUUAGCCACUCGUUCCAGGAUUUUAUAGAAUAUUAUCUCAAGUAAAUGGACUACACUACAUUCUUUUACAACGUUCGUUCCAUAAUUAAUCAAAUAUGUGAGUAUUUGACUUGGAAUAAUAGUUGAUCUUAUCAAUAAAAUCCGUAUCGAUUUAGUUCGACCCCAAUACUGACUUUAUUUUAAUUACUUUCUUCUGAUCUCAUUCGUCCAAAAAUCCUCAAUAUUGUAUCAGAUCUUGAUUGUUUUCGUAAUAAGGAAGAAAAAAAUGUAUUUUUGAGCUCAAUUGAAGAUAUAUUUUCGAGCUCCCCCACUCUCCGAGACAACAACAAUCAUAUCAAGCAGAUUUGGUGUUUUCAAUGGAUUAAAAAUAUCCCGAGCUCUUUCAAAACGAACAAAAUAUGGAUUCUUGGGCUCAGAUUCAAAAAGAGCAUUCCCCCGGAGAGCUUGUGUUUUCAUUCAUAAACUGGCAGAUUCGGCCCUUACGUAAAUAAUUUCACUGAAAUUCAUGCAUUUCUGAGAUUAUCGCAUCAUUUAGGUAGGCCGUUCCUCUCGGUUUUCCAACGUUGAGUGGAAUUUCCGCUUUUUUUUGAUUAUAUUCUAAAAGUUUAUUAUUUUGCUAUGUGGUUUUUCCGAACAGAACAGGUGAUUUCAGGAGUUUUUUUUUCGUGAAAUAAUAUUCCGAAUCGAAGUUCCAAACUUUGUGCUGGUUGAAAAAUCCAAUUCUUCUUUUCUUCCUACUUUCUCAGUUUUCAUUGAUAGUAAUCGUUAGGAGUGAACUCUCAUUUUAUUAUUUACUCACUCAUUUUCAUAAUUAAAUAAGUCAUAUAAUUUUAUACUGAAAUUUUGCAGUGAACGGUGCCAAAUUGGAAGUGGAGGGAUGGAAACGAGGUGUCACUGAAAAGAACAACAGCUCGUUUUAUGUUUUCGGUUCGGAUUUUUCCUUGGGAACUCACUGAAAAGUCUGCAAAACUUGGAAAAUGUAAUAAACGUUUAGGUGAUAUGCGAAAACACCAACGCAAUUUGCGCAAAAACCGUCUUUUCAUCGUUGUGUCGCUGGUUGUGAUUUUAUUCGUCCUCUACAAGUUCAACUAUGUGUCAGUUCUAUUAAUGAUCAGUUAGAAAUUUCAUCAAUACAUUUUGACGUGGUUACAAGGCUUGUCAAAGGCGCAGAGUAAGGCGAUUGGACAGUACUCACGUUCUAUGAAACUAUUCAAAAUUGGACCUGCGCCUUUGAACAUCUGAUCAAAAUAUAGAGACAAACAGAAGAACGAGUCAAAGUUUUCAGAUCCAUUUCCAAUAUUUCUCCCCCUUUUUCUUCAAAUAAAGUGCCCCUCAUAAUCGUCAUCACGCCUACAUACAAACGGCCGACGAGGCUGGCUGAUCUCACAAGGUUUAUAAUUCUUUUUUUGCAGUGAUCCUUAAAAACUUUUUUCGGAAAAAAGGAUGAGACUAGGAUAUGAAAAUUUGGAUAGAUUUUCUUUUUCUGUUUACAUUUAAUCAUCUACAUACUAGUCGAAGAGUUUUUCAACCCCAUACAGACGCUCCAAAGAUAAAUCUCUGAUUGGCUUGUAACUCACUUUUGAAGACGAGGGCAAUAAUGAUUUUACAUGGUUCGAUAGAGCUUACUUUCAGAAGCUUUUCGAGAAUAGUUUUACUUUUACAGAAUGUCAAACACACUGUCACACGUACCCCAUUUGCACUGGAUCGUCGUCGAAGAUUCACACAACAAAGUGAAGCAUGUGGAAAAGUUGCUCCAACGCUCGACGCUACCGUACACUUAUAUCGCCGUCCGCACCAUUCCAGGCUAUCCAAGUCUGUUCUUUUUCUCCACCGACUUCUAAAAACCACGAGUUUCUUUUUUUGCUCUAUGUUCAAAAAUUGGGAUUUUAUGACCAUGUGAAAUGAGAAACACCUGCUGUGAAUCAAAAAAAAAAGGAAAUAUCAAGUAUUUCGCAAUCUGCAGGGCUUUUCGCUAAACCAAAAAAGUUUAUGACGAUUUUUAAAAAAUAAACCUCCGUAAGAAAUUUCGGUGUUAAAAUUAGUAUGCGAAGGAAAAAUGAAAGUUUUUCUCCCAAAAGAAAAUUUUUAUUCAACCUCAAGAAACCGGGUUUUCACAGUAACCAUUAAAUUUUGAUAGAUGUCCCAUAUUCCUGUUUCAAUCAAGGAUAAAGUAUAAAGUAACCGAGAGAAUCUUCAGAACGAGGGUGGUACCAAAGAACUAUGGCCUUGACGCAUAUUCGGGAACACACUUCAGAGGUGAGUUUUUCGCAAAAAAUUUUGGAAAAUGAGAUCAAAACUACAGGAAUAGUUUAUUUUCUUGUUUGUAGUUAUUCUGAAAUUUUGCUAGACUGAGCAAUAAAAAAAAUGAAGAGAAAUGUGUUUUUCAUAAUACAGAAAUUGGACACUAAUUAAAGGUAAAGGGAUGAGGAUAAUUGAGAAUUGGUUACAAAUUUUUGGACAAAAUAUAAUUAUUUUGGAGUGAGUCCGUUUUUUUCCAUUUCUUGAUGUGAGAAAUUUGGUUUGCAUUUAACAAAUAAUUUCUUUUUUCUAUGUGAAUGAUACUUAGUAUUGGAAACUAUUCUGUUUGUGAUAAGUUUUAUGAGCUUUCAUUCUAAAAAUCGAAAAAAAAAUUUUUUGAGAGGGAGUUCAAGCAGUCCGGUAUACAUUUAAAAAAAAAAGCCUUCCGAUUUGGAGCAAAAGUUAGUUUAAUUAAUUUCUGUUUUUUUGAAUUCUUAUAUCCAGAGUUUUUAAUUUCAUGGGAAUUUUAGUCAUAUGUUUAUUGGUGAAAUUUGAGGAGUAUGCAAUGUUUUACCCUAGUUUUUUCGCGAUUGAAUCUUUUUGGCGAUUUCAAUAAUGCUUAUUUAUUUUUCCAACAUGUAUUCUUAAUUCAUCAUUGCUUAUAUUUUUUCAAAUGAACUAUAAUUUGUUUGUAAUGCUCUGAACAAAUGAGUUCGUUGAGGUUUUGAACGGCCAUGAAAACGGCGUCGUCUAUUUCGGGGACGACGAUAACUCCUACGAUGUCCGUUUGUUCACCAACUACAUCCGCAACGUCAAGAAAGUCGGCUUGUGGGCUGUUGGUCAGUUUUUUUUCCUUGAAAAGGUCUCCUAAGCAUAAAGAACUGAAGCUUAACUACAGUAGUUUGUUCCGAAUUUCUAAGAUUGAAGGUCGAAAUCUUGACUUUCGCGGUAUCACUAACUAGGAUUUCUGAACUCGGAUCAAUUACAUAGCUUUGAACGUGAUGUGAAGCCGUAUUUUCCUUGCGCGAAAUUUGUGACCUGGGACAAACGGAAACUUCAGGAAUGGUCGGAGGAACGGCUGUCGAGUCGCCGGACGUCGUCAACGGCUCUGUCGUUGGCUUCAAAGUGAAGUGGAAUCCGAAUCGGAAGUUCGCCGUCGACAUGGCCGGCUUCGCUAUCAACCUCAGCGUCGUUCUUGGGUAGGUCACUUGUAUUGAAAAAGAAGAGUUGAGUUUUGAAGUGAAACAAUAAGUUUACCUGGCCAGUGUUGUUCAGUAUAGAUAAAUGGUCAAAUAAUCUUAAAUCGAUAAUCUAAUGGACAAAAAGGGAUUUGUGUUUUUGAAGACUCCAGCAAGAAACCGGUGGAUUGAAUUAUGAAAUGCACAAAAAUUCAUAUAUUAAAGGCUUAGCAUUUGUCUUUUUUCAAAUUUUUUUUUGAUAACUUUAUACCGACUUUUGAUUCAAAAAGUCUGCUCAUAUUUUGAAUGGCAAGUUCAUAUUUUGAAAUUCAAUCGAAAACGCUCUGUGAAUGGCUCGCUCUCUCAUUGGUUCAUUGCACCAAUAGGGGCGGAGCUUGAGCGACGACUUGGCUUUCAAAAUCUGAUCUGACUUUAGAGCGAGAUUUUUUCGUUAAAGCUUGUUCAGUAAGAGAAAAACGAAAAAAAUCAAACGAGAAAAAGUGAACGAGAGAGAAUUAUUUUUUAAUUGUUGUGAUUAAAAUUUAUUUUUUUCAAAUGAUAAAAGGAAAAUAAUUUGUUAUGAGCUCGAUUUUUUGGCUCCCAACUUUCUGAAAGUUUAAUAUAGUUCAAAGACUCUUUUCUUGGUGAUGUUCUCACAUUUUUUUAAUUUGAAGUUUUUAGGAUUUUUCUCUUCGAUUUUCUUGUGUUAGGCCAUCUAAAAAAAAGGUACUCAAAUUUAUUUGGCAGAUCGUCGGCCGUUUUUGGAACGUCUUGUGCUCGUGGAGCAGGAGCACCUGAGACUUGUCUUCUGGAGGACAUGGGACUCACGCGAGGAGACAUCGAACCUUUUGGUUACGACAAAAAGGUUCCCUUCUGCCCAUUUUCCUCUCCCCUCAGGCUUUUUCUUCAUUUCAUCUGACCCACACUUCAUUAUCCUCGGGAUCUGUACAUUUGUUGGAAACUUUCACUGAUUUUACAGCCGCCACGGGAGCUUCUGGUGUGGCACACAAAGACCCACCAGCCGCAUUAUAACCUUUCGCGUACAAAUCUCAACGGACAUAUUUUUGAGGACUUCAAAGUGACUUUUUUCUUCUUCAUAGAACUGCCUUGGUGUGGGGAGUUCUCGGAGAUUUUUCGUUUGGAAAAACAGUUUCAGUUGAAUACUUCCCUUUUUAGUUCGAAAGGAUCUCGAGAAGUUUUUUUCGUUUAAAAUUUGAAACGCUAUUUCUCUCAAUUUGACUGGAGGGAUUAGCGCUCCAAUAGAACGCUCCAAAACAAAAGUGUCGCAUGAAGUGGUGGAAGAACCUAAUUGUUGUUUUUGGCCUCGUUGUUCUUUCUUUUAAAGAGUGGAUGUUUUGUUGAAAAAAAAAACUAUCUUGUUCUCUACAAAUACUCACUUAGUUCGUUUGUUUGCGUUGACACUUUUGAAGCGAGGAAAUGGAGGGGUUAAAAUGAUGAGAACGCAUUGAAACUUGUUCAUUUUAAAGGAGUCUUGUAUGUUAUGGCCACUCAUUAGGUUCUUUCGACCCAUACGAAAAGGCUCUUCAAAGGCUAACCAUACAUAUAGAAACUCAUGAACCCUUCAAAAUGAUUUCGCGUGAUUAGAGAACAUUCGAUCAUGAGUUCACUAGGCCGUACUUACCUUUUCAGGGGAUGGAGUCGCGAAAUAAAUUUCAACGCUCCUUAUCUAAAAAUUAGUUGCGUUUGAACCUCUUGCGUGAUUUAAGUUUUGAAAAGGCGGUAUGAAAUAAAUUUGUAAUUCAAAUUUUAUUUUUUUGAAAGGAAAAAAAUGAGUAAGACUUUUUCCGAUGCUUUGAUUAGAGAUAGGAACUUUUGAUACAAAAGAAAUAGUGAAGUUUAAUGAAGGUCUUUUUUUAUUUUUUUAUUUUUUUAAAUUGCGCCCAAUAUUUCAUUCAAACACUCACGAAUUCUAAAAAUAUCCUAGCCAACCGAAUUUCAGCUUGCAGAUUCUCACCUCUUCUUCAUCAUUUAGUUGAUUAUAAAUGCUUGUGUUCCCCUCAGAAGCUUGAAAAAAAGACGAAAAGGAUUAACGAGGCUUUUUUGUACAGGAGGAACGAGAAAUCCUGGUGUGGCACACGAAGACGGUGAAGCCGACUCUGGGAGACAACAAAUCCAAAGGCAACAGUACGGCGAAAAACAACGCCCCCCUCGAGACCAACGGCUUCAUCUUCGAAGCCUGA